GAGAUGGUUCUCGCCAUGCUGGGGGCUCUGCACCCCCGGGCUGGGCUCAGCCUCUUCCUCCACCUCAUCCUGGCAGUGGCACUGCUUCACUCCCAGCCUCUGAGGUCUCAGCAGUCUGUUCCUGAGGCAUUUUCCGCACCCCUGGAACUCUCGCAGCCACUCUCCGGCCUGGUGGAUGGUAGUAUCUCUCUCGUCCCCUUCCCCUGCCCCUCCCUGACAGUGGAGACUCCCCUAAGGGGUGCCCCAAGUCCAGCCUUCGGGGGCUUGUCAUCCCAAACCACAUCUGUUCAAGGGUGCCAGCUGCCCCUCCCACCCAUGCCCUCCUUUCUCCCUCUAGACUAUGGCAUCCUCCCCAAGCACCCGUGGCCGCGAGGGCCUCGACCCCUCCUGUCCCGGGCCCAGCAGCGCAAGCGGGAUGGGCCCGACCUUGCUGAGUAUUACUACGACGCACACCUAUGACCCAAGGCCCCCAUAA